GGGUCGCCCGGCCUUUGUCUGGGACCCUCCAUCUUGGGCUCAGGGAGGCUCCUGCGCAGUCUUGGUAGCGCCGUGACGCGGUGGAUGCAGGGCAAUGGUAGGAAGACGCCGCCGGCGUCCCCAAGAAAUGGACAUGGGUACUGGGUCCUCUCCUCCUCUAGGAGGCUUUCUGAGGUGUGGGGGUGCAGCCUCUCAGGGAGCACCUGGAUGCCCUGCUACUGGAAGGAAUGUCCUGGUAUACUGUCAUCUAAAAGGAACUUCAGUUGUUUCCAUGUCUGGUCUGGGUUGGUAUCAUUUGAGGAUGUGGCUGUGGACUUCACCUGGCAGGAGUGGCAGGAACUGGAUGCUGCUCAGAGGACCCUCUACAGGGAUGUGAUGCUGGAGAACUACAGGAGCCUGGUGUGGUUGGGGCACUGUUUAGCCAAACCUGAGUUGAUCUCCAAGUUGGAACAAGGAUUGGUGCCAUGGAGUGGUGCAGAAGCCACAGAGCAGUGCCUGCCAGAUGUUUAUAAAUGGAGUACCCUGGCUGAAACAAGACAGCAAGCUCAAGAGAAGUAUUUAGGCCAACUUGAAAUCACCAAGAGAAAUUCAUCAAAUGAAGAUAUGGUUGAAGUAGAAAAAAUAUUCAGUGUGGACUCAAACGGUAUUUCAAAUAUGAACAUGAAGAAUGAAGUCUACUCUAGAAUGUUCUAUCAAGAUCUUGUUAAUCCAUGGCAAGAUGUACCUUUGCCUAGUGAUCCUGAUGAGAGGCAUGUAACAGAAGUAACUCAUGAUUUGAAUGGAAUUCAGGAAGUUCUCUCAUAUCCUGACCAUUUUACUCACCAUAGCAAGAAUCAGUGUUCAGAGGGUCAUUUUCAGUAUUUUGUGCCAGAUGAAGCCUUCCACAUGAACACAAUAUUAAUACCUAAGAAGUUUCAUGUUCAGGAAACCUCUAAGAAGUUCAGUGAGAAAUCCUUGGAUGAGGUAGCUCUUCCUGACCAAAAUAUGACUCAGUUAAGAAAGCAAGCUUUGGGAUGGAAUACAGAUCAUAAAAUGUUCCCUAGUAGGACUGAACUCAGCAACCAUGACAACAUGCACAUGGAAGAGAAAGAUUAUAAAUGUGAUUAUGAGAAACCCAUCCUUAACAAAUCACACCUUACAAAAUAUCAGGAAGCACAUGCAGGGAAAGAGCCCCAAGGAUGCAAGGAAAACAUCAAAUUAUUCUGUCUGGAUGCUGAACUACAAACGGUUGAUCAGAAAGUGCACGUAGAGAAACAAAUUUAUGAAUGUAAAGUAUCUGGGAAAACCUUUGACCACGAGUACAUCGACCAUCAGAGAUCACACACCUGUGAGAAACCCUGUGAGUGUGAAGAAUAUAGGAAAACUAUCUAUGAUAAGUCGACCCUCACCCAACAUCAGAGACUUUAUACAGAUGAUAAAUCCUGUGAGUGUAGAGAAUACAGCCAGGCUUUCUACCAUAAUUCCCUACUCUCUCAAUAUCAGAGAGCUCACACAGAUGAACAGCAAAAUGAAUGCAAAGAAUUAAUGAAAAUUUACUUCUAUAUAUCAAGUCUCACUCAACAUCACACUCCUACUCUUGAGAAGCCUUAUGGAUGUAAUGAUUGCAUGAAAACUUUCUCCCACAAGUCACAACUCACUCGCCAUCAGAGAACACAUACGGGGGAGAAGCCCCAUGAAUGUCAAGAAUGCAGGAAAGCUUUCUGUCACAAGUCACACCUUACCCGGCACCAGGGAAUCCAUGCACCUGAAAAACCCUAUGAAUGUAAAGAAUGUAAGAAAACUUUCUACCUGAAGUCACAGCUCACUCAGCAUCAGAGAACUCAUUCAGGUGAGAAGCCCUAUGAGUGUAAAGAAUGCCGGAAAGCAUUCUUCCGUAAUUCACACCUCACUCAACAUCAGAAAAUCCAUACAGGGGAGAAGCCACACAAGUGUAAAGAGUGUGGGAAUGCUUUUGCCCGUAAGUCACACCUCACUCAACAUCAGAAAACCCACACAGGUGAGAGGCCCUACGAAUGCAAAGAAUGUGGGAAAACCUUUUCUCGUAAAUCGCAAGUGAUGCAGCAUGAGACAACUCAUACCGGUGAGAAACCCUAUGAAUGUAAAGAAUGCAGGAAAACUUUCUAUCUUAAGGCAUACCUCACUCGACACCUGGUAAUUCAUAAACCUGAAAAGCCGUUUGAAUGUAAGAAAUGUGGGAAAGCUUUCUCACGUAAGUCAUACCUCACACGCCAUCAGAAGACACAUAGAGGUGAGAAACCCAAUGUAGGUGAGAAACUGUAGGGAUGCAAAUGAUAAAGAACGUCCUUCAACUAGCUCAGACUCAACAGAGGCUUACACAGACGAGAAGCCCCGUGCGUGUAGGAAAAUGUGCUGCUGUUACCCUCAGCCAACAUCAGAAAACUCAUGGCAGUAAUAAACCCUAUAAAUGUCAAAGUAUGAGAAAGUUUUAUACAGGAGUCAUGUCUCACUACAUGUCAGAAUACAUAAGCAGUUGGGAAGCCAUAGGAAAUGCAGGGAUCUAUGUUUAAGUUACACCUCUCUAUAAGUCAGUGAAUUCAUUUAGUGAGAAACCCUAUGAAUAUACACGAUGUAGUAAAGCUCAACACAAGAGAUGGUGUAUUCAGGCAUAAAUGCUGUCAAUGUAAACAAAGCAGAAAAGCUUUCCAUCAUAAAAUAUUCACUUACUGCCUGAGAACUUAUAACUGUGAUGCCAUUUAAGUUCAAACAACAUGGGAAAUUUUUCAGCAAGUCAGACCUCACUGCCUGCCAGAAAAUCAUACAGGUGAGAAAACAUGCUAAUCUAGGGAAGCUUAGAGAGCCCUUGGAAAGUAAGGAAUCCUGUGAGUAUAAAUAAUCCAGAGAUGUUUCAAGGAGCACUUGCUUUUCCCCCCAUCUCUCUGAGCACUGAUGCUUACAUUUCACUUGUACUGAGACAAGGCUAGCCUGGACAACAGAGUAAUAUGCCCUGUCCUUUUUAAAAAAAGACUAGGUCUGUCUAUGUAAA